AUGCACACGUUCUGGGGCUUCGGGUUCUCCAGCGAGGAGGACUCGACUGUGGAGGCUUCACCACCAGAGCCAGCAGAAGUUGCCAAGCGCCAUGAAACGGCACCAGCUUCCUCGCUCGGGCCCCCGCAAAAGAGCCGAAGCUGGGCCAGCAGCGUCCUUGAAAGCUUCCGCAUGGACACCAGGUUCGAGAGCCGAGUGACGAAAUCGCCAGGUGAGGAAGAUCUCGAGAGUUCCAACCUCGAAGCCUUUCGCAGCCUCACGCGCCGUGCACAUCAACUCCUCGCCCGCCGGCACCACCGGGCGCUGGUGAGCAGGAGGAGGGCAGCUCAUGAGAAUUCGUACGCUACAGAGCGGCUGAUCUUAGCCGAGGCAGAGGCUGAUGAAUUGGAGGAAGUCCUAAAGCAGCACAGUCGAGCGUUGGGAGCUGGGGAGGAGCACGGCAGUCCCUCCGACAUGUGUGACACGGAGCGGCUCACUAUGUCCGGUUGGUCAACUUCUGCGGCAUCAUCUGCAACGAAGCCCACGGAGCUGCUUUGCAGAUGGGAGUCCGAAGAUACGGAGGCACGGCAGGAGCUGGAGUCUCUUCAGACGGUGAUGUCGCAGACAGCUGCCGAGCUGCGCUCCGGCUUGCUGCACCUCGCCAGAUCGCCCGAUUCCGGCGAUUUCGCAUCUCAUGGCAAUGUUGGCCUGUGCCGAGUGUUGUCGGCCGCCCUGCCCCAGCUCGUGCAAAGUUGCGCCGAUGCCAUGGAAGUGGGCAGCAGCGAAGAUGACUGGGCAGGAGCCGAGGCCAGUCUCUUCGAAGCCCUGGUGCAAGUGACGUCCGCAGAGGCGUGCGAGUCGCGCGACCAAGCCGCCUCGGACUUGGACUUCCAGCUCCAAGAAGAUGCCUUCGCGCAUAAAGCCCAUGGCCAUGGGGUGAGCGCCAGCCCCGAGGAGCAGCGCGACCAAGCGGCCCUGCAACAGCUGCUCGGGAGAAUCCAUACACUGAGCCAGCAACUUGAGCAGGAAGCCCCGAAACACAGCAGCCAAAAUGCUUCUUCGGGCCCGGACACCGGAAACAACACGAACGCAGCAUCGAACAGUUUCGGUGCCUCCGCGACUCGCCUGGCGGACCUCGAGGCCCAGGUGCAGCGCCUCGUGGCCGAGAACCAGGCCCUGGAGAAGCAGCUGUUGGGGCGCUUCUCAGAACCGCCUCCGAGCAAGGCCUUCCAAGCUGUGGAUCGAAUGGAGCUGCCACCCGGGGUAGCCCUGCCACGCGACGCAGGUCGGAGGUUGUCCCCAGCAGAGCGAGUGGCCUUGAGCAACAACGUCCGGCAGCGAGGCAGACAGAACUGCGCCGCGCCAGCUGCAGCGAGGCCAACGCAAAGCUCCGAGCCAACGAGGCAGAUGAUCCACGAUCUGCGCUCGAACCUGGCGGACGCCUAUGAGGCCUUGGCGUUGGCUCGGUCUUCCGCCCGGCCCGGGGUUUCAGGCCGACCGGCCCAAGACACGGAGCCCGAGCUCUUGGCUCGAGUAUGUUACAAGCCGUCCGAGCGCGCCCUUCUGCCCGGCCGAGGCCAAGGCAGGAUCCCCUUGAAUGGCACGGCAAGGCCGGCAAGGCCGGCAAGGUGCUCAUUGCAGCUUCGGCGCAGCAGUGAAGCAGGCACCAUAGCUGCGGCUGCAGCCGCAGUAGUUCCAUUUCUUCGAGAACGCGGGAGAGGAGGCAGGAGGCCUUUCCGGCCCAUGAAAGCAGCGAGAUCAGACCUUGAGGCCGAGGUUACAGCUGCAGUGGAGGUUGUUCAGCGGUCGAUGCGGCUUGUGCAGGCCCUGGCUUGUGACAUGGAUGUUGCCCCGCCUUCGUUGGGGAAAGAAAUGGAAGCUUGCGAUAUUACGGCUGGCAUUUCUGCCAUCAAGCCAGGUGACUCGACACCUGUCACAGCGGCAGACUACGCCAUUCAAGGUCUUGUCUUUGAAAGCCUGCAGAAACAGUUCCCUUCAGAUAGGUUCAUGGGGGAGGAGGAUGCUGCGGAUCUGCGUGCUGAUGCAGAUCUUUGCGGGCUGGCACUAGAGCUAUGCUCAAAAUUCGGUGACAGCAGCAUCACGAAAGAGUCCUUCUUAGCUGCAGUUGACGUGGGGCUGGUGCCGCCUCGAGAGGGCGAGAACCGUCGAGUCUGGGUUCUCGACCCGAUCGAUGGCACUAAGGGCUUCUUGACGGGCCAGGGUUACGUGAUCGGCUUGUCCUUGUUGAUGGAUGGCGAAGCCCUCGUCGGGGUGAUGGGUCUUGUUUUCGGUUGGAAGCCGCUUUGGGCAGCUCGACUGUCGAAAGUUCGGAAUUUUAGCUCCGAAUUGAGGCUAUCCCAAUGCACCUCGGCAGAUGUGUGGGGAUUGGAGGCUACCGCGACUCCUCCCAUCAUGCUUGCUGUGAAAGGCCAUGGGCUUCGCUGGUGGGCUGCAGAGGGGCCGGGCCCGCUGGAGUACGAGCCUCCAAAACCAGACUGGGCCAGUCAAGACUUCGGACAACUGCCACCGCCUUUGCCGGGGCAGCUGCAAGCAGGCCGUGACUACCCUCCUUGGCUCCUGUCUCCGCAGAGCAGCCGGACUGCCUGCAGGCCGUUUGGCGAUGCCCCAGCCACAGAUAUGUGCUGCGGCUCCAUGGUGAAAUACUUCGCGGUGGCUGCUGGAACCCAUUGUGGGUAUGUGCAGUAUGAGGAGCAGUUGAAGACGUGGGACCAUGCAUGUUCCUUGGCUAGUCUUCUCCAGUUUGGACUCGGAAGGUGGAUAUGUGAGCUCCCGUGA